CGAACUUGACCUACAUGGUCUGAACCAGACCUGAUUGAACGUACGCCAUGGCCAGAGGCGGUAUUCGUUCGGGCUCUUCACUACUGAUAACACGCAAAGGUUUUCUCUUCCUGUUUCUCUCUUUUCCAGAAUGUCUGUCUCCCCUCCUCAUGUUGUCGUUUGCGGUAGCGGCAUAAUAGGGUUGACCACAGCUAUUCGUCUACUGGAGGCCGGUUAUCAAGUCACUGUCAUCGCAAAAGACUUGCCUGGAGAUCCACUCCAUCCUACCUACGCCUCGUCUGCCGCCGGCGCUCACCAUCUCUCUUUCGCUGACGAUGAAGAUCUCAGGCAACAGGCCUGGGACCAGCGCACAUUCGAUGUCAUGAUGGCAGAAGAGAUUGCGGAGGGAGAUGCCAGUGCGAUACUGAGGCUUCGCCAAGUGGAAUACUAUGCGACGGAAGGACAGACACACAUCAAGUUCUUCGAGCAGCUACCAGACUUCCGCAUACACGACAAGAAUGAGCUGCCGCCCUUUGCGGUGCAUGCCGUAUCGUUCACGUCGCUCACCAUGGACACCGGUCCAUACCUUGCCAAACUCGUUCGCCGUUUGGAGAGCCUUGGUGGCUCUCUACGACGCGCGACAUUAGCAUCGCUUGCCGACGCUACAAUUAUCUGUGACCAGGUGUCUGCCGUCAUCAAUUGCACUGCACUUGGCUCUGCCUUGCUUGCAGAUGUGAAAGAUCCUGGCGUGCAUCCACUUCGUGGGCAGGUAGUCGUGCUCAACGCCCCCUGGUGUCGGGCAGAGGGACGCACUCUGCAGGUCGGAGCGCUCUCAGCGGAUGGAGGCGAGGGAGGCGAGCGUACGUAUAUAAUACCGCGUCGGAGUGGGCAGGUUGUCAUCGGUGGUACACGGGAAGCGAAUGAUUGGCUCGUAGAACCUCGUCCGGAAACAACGGAAGACAUCAAGCGCCGUGCGCUGAUUCUCUACCCUGAGCUGGUACCCGAGAAUCGUCGUAUCCUCGGGAAAGAUGCCGUCCCAGCUGAUCUUGAUGACAUCGUCCUACGAGUCGUCGUAGGUUUCCGCCCUGCGAGGACAGGAGGUACAAGGCUGGAGCGCGGAGAGGACAUCACGUACGGGCCGCAGGGGAGGAGGAUCCCUGUUGUGCACAAUUAUGGACAUUCGGGAGCAGGCUGGCAGAGUUGCUGGGGCUGUGCGGAGGACGCGGUUGAUAUUAUCAAGCAAACAGUGUAAUCUAGACUUGGCCUCCUUUGUCUAGACGACGGUGAGCGCGUAUAGCCAAGGUCAUGGUCAAUGUGAGCUCAUUCAAGCAUAGCGCUCUUCGUCGGGUUACCACUUUAUCACAGUAUAUA